GUAUAAGAUUCUUCUCUCCGCAUUUCUCCGUUCAUUUCCUCCUCUUCGCUCUCCUCCAUCUCUCACCGACACAACCUCUGUGUCUUCCUCACCAGCUCCCUACCACAAUGGCCCUAGAAAGGAAGCUCCCCUUACAGACAAGCAACAUCGCCAAUGUCCCCAGCUCCCGACCCUUGGUAGGGUCCGGCAAAACCAUCGAAGAAACCUACCAGAAGAAGUCCCAACUCGAGCACAUCCUCCUCCGGCCAGACACCUAUGUUGGAUCCAUCGAGAAGCAUACCCAGACCCUCUGGGUGUACGACGGUGGUGAGAUGGUGCACCGCCCCGUCACCUACGUUCCCGGCCUCUACAAAAUCUUCGAUGAGAUCCUCGUCAACGCCGCCGAUAACAAGCAGCGRGACCCGUCCAUGGAUUCCGUCAAGGUGGUUAUCGACGCUGAACAGAACUGUAUCAGUGUGUACAACAAUGGGGAUGGUGUCCCCGUCGAGAUCCACCAGGAGGAAGGGGUGUACGUGCCGGAGUUGAUCUUUGGGCAUCUCUUGACCAGCAGUAACUACGACGAUACGGUGAAGAAGACGACGGGUGGGAGGAACGGAUAUGGUGCGAAGCUCACCAACAUCUUUUCAACCGAAUUUAUCAUCGAGACUGCCGAUGGGAAGAGGCAAAAGAAGUACAAACAGGUAUUCUCUAACAACAUGGGGAAGAAAUCAGAGCCCGCCAUAACCAAAUGCAAGGGGAGCGAGAACUGGACCAAAGUUACAUUUAAGCCUGACUUAGCUAAAUUCAACUUGACCCAUCUUGAAGAUGAUGUGGUCGCACUGAUGAAAAAGCGUGUCAUUGACUUAGCGGGAUGUCUUGGUAAGACGGUCAAGGUCGAGUUAAAUGGGCAGCGGGUGCCAGUGAAAUCAUUCCUUGAUUAUGUCAACCUCUACCUUCAAUCUGCCUCUAAAUCCAGACCAGAGCCUCUCCCAAGGAUCACUGAGAAAGUUAGUGAAAGAUGGGAGGUCUGCGUGAGUCUGAGUGAAGGGCAGUUCCAACAGGUCAGCUUUGUGAAUGGAAUUGCAACCAUCAAGGGCGGGACUCAUGUCGACUAUGUUACAAACCAGAUCACGAACCAUGUGAUGACAAUAGUUAACAAGAAGAACAAGAAUGCCAACCUCAAGGCCCAUACUGUAAAAAACCAUUUAUGGGUCUUCGUCAAUUCUCUCAUUGACAACCCUGCCUUUGAUUCUCAGACCAAAGAAACAUUGACAACUCGUCAGAGCAGUUUCGGAUCAAAAUGUGAACUCUCACAGGAAUUCCUUAAAAAAGUGGCCAAGUCUGGAGUAGUGGAAAAUCUACUAUCAUGGGCAGAUUUCAAGCAGAGCAAGGAUCUUAAAAAAACUGAUGGAGCAAAGAGACAGAGGAUCACAGGCAUUACUAAGCUCGAGGAUGCUAAUGAUGCUGGUGGAAGAAACUCUGAAAAAUGUACCUUAAUCUUGACAGAGGGAGAUUCAGCCAAGGCUCUUGCAAUGGCUGGAAUCUCAGUUGUUGGACGAAACAACUAUGGUGUAUUCCCAUUGAGAGGCAAAUUGCUGAACGUGAGGGAAGCAACGCACAAGCAGAUCAUGGAUAAUGCUGAAAUCCAGAAUAUCAAACAGAUCCUUGGUUUGCAGCAUGGAAAGGAGUAUGACAGUGUCAAGUCACUCAGAUAUGGUCAUUUGAUGAUAAUGACUGAUCAGGAUCAUGAUGGAUCUCACAUCAAGGGACUACUCAUUAAUUUUAUCCACUCAUUCUGGCCAUCUCUUCUCAAGAUUCCUUCCUUUCUAGUGGAGUUCAUAACACCUAUUGUGAAGGCGACUCACAAAAAUGGAAAGGUCCUGUCUUUCUAUUCCAUGCCUGAGUAUGAAUCAUGGAAAARCUUGGGGGGAAAUGCCAGUGGAUGGAGUAUCAAGUACUAUAAGGGGUUGGGAACAAGCACAUCAAAGGAAGGGAAGGAAUACUUCAAAGAUCUUCACAAGCACAAGAAAGAUUUUUUGUGGGUAGAUGACCGGGAUGGAGAUGCAAUUGAGCUUGCAUUCAGUAAAAAGAAGAUUGAAGCAAGGAAAAACUGGCUCCGGCAAUUUGAGCCUGGUACUUGCCUUGAUCAAAAGGAAAAGCUCAUCAAGUACAGUGACUUUGUCAACAAGGAGCUUAUAUUGUUUUCCAUGGCGGAUUUGCAAAGAUCAAUCCCCUCUAUGGUGGAUGGCCUUAAACCAGGCCAAAGGAAGAUUCUUUUCUGUGCUUUCAAGAGGAACCUUAUCAAAGAAGCCAAGGUUGCUCAGUUCUCUGGCUAUGUAUCUGAGCAUUCAGCUUACCAUCAUGGUGAACAGAGUCUCAUGAGUACCAUUAUUGGUAUGGCACAAGAUUAUGUAGGCAGUAACAACAUAAACCUUUUCCAACCAAAUGGACAAUUUGGAACACGGCACCAGGGCGGCAAAGACCAUGCAAGUGCAAGGUAUAUCUACACUCGACUAUCUCCCAUCACAAGAUUCCUCUUUCCCAAAGGUGAUGAUAUCCUCCUUGACUACUUGAAUGAGGAUGGGCAAUCAAUUGAACCCACUUGGUACAUGCCGAUUAUACCUACGGUUCUAGUCAAUGGAAGUGAAGGAAUUGGAACUGGUUGGAGUUCCUAUAUUCCCAACUAUAACCCAAGAGAUAUUGUUGCAAAUAUAAAGCGCUUGUUGAAUGGUGAACCAAUGGAGCCGAUGGACCCCUGGUACAAAGGUUUCAAGGGACUAAUUGAGAAAACAGCAACAAAGGAAGCUGGGUCGAGCUACACUGUCAGUGGGAUCAUAGAAGAAAUCAAUGAAACAACACUCAGAAUUACAGAGUUACCAAUUCGUAGGUGGACUCAGGAUUAUAAAGAGUUCCUGGAGUCAAUAAUGACAGGGAAUGAUAAAAUCAAGGAGCCAUUUAUCAAGGAUUAUAAGGAGCACAAUGAUGACACAACAGUACACUUCGAAAUUAUCUUGUCUGAGGAGAACUUGAUGAUGGCCAAGCAAGAGGGUUUGAUGAAGAAAUUCAAGCUAACCACUACAAUCAGUACAAGCAACAUGCACUUGUUUGAUCCGAAAGGCACAAUAAAGAAAUAUGACAAUCCAGAACAAAUUCUUGAGGAGUUCUUUCAUUUGAGGCUUGAAUUCUACGAGAAGAGGAAGAAAACACAAUUGGACAAUCUUGAAUUAGAUCUACUUAAACUGGAUAACAAGGUCAGGUUCAUACUUGGAGUUGUGAAAGGAGAGAUCAUUGUCAGCAACAGGAAGAGAGUCGAUUUGUUCCUUGAGCUGCAGCAGAAAGGAUUCACUCCAUUCCCAAAGAAAACUAAGGCUCUUGAAGCUGCAGUAGCUGGUGCCAAUGAAGAUGGAGAAGAAAAUGAAGAAAAUUCAGAGGUUGUCAGCAGCAGAGGUGUGCGGGCUAGUGAUUAUGAAUAUCUGCUAUCAAUGGCAAUUGGAACCCUGACACUGGAGAAGGUUCAAGAGCUCUGUUCUGACAGGGAUAAGCUCAACCAUGAAGUUGAGGAACUGAGAAAGGCAACUCCAAAUUCUUUGUGGAUGAAUGAUCUCGAUGCACUAGAGAAGGAGCUCGAUGAACAAGACAAGAAUGACGCCCAAGCAGAGGAAGCAAGAAAGGAAUUGAAAAACAGGGUCAUGAGUGAAGCUGGUAUGAAGGCUUCCAGACAGGCACCCAAAAACCCAAGAAAGACGAAUGCAAAGAAGCCCAGCACUUCGGAGACUGUGACUGAGUCUGUAGCAGCAUCGUCAGUAGGUUCUGCAAUGGAGACAGUUCCAGAGGUGGUGAAACCCAAAGGCAGAGGAGGACGUCCGAAAAAAGCUCCUGCUAAGAAGCAGGACAAUAUGAGACUAGUUGACAGUGAUGAGGACGACGUAGAUGUGAUCGAGCUUAAAGAAAGACUUGCCGCAUAUAAUUUAGAUUCUUCACCUGAGCAAUCGGCAGUAAUGGAAACUGAAGUGGCCAAAGUACCAGCAAAGAAGAAAGAACCAAGCAAAAGAGCUGCUGCACAGAAGCAACCUUCAAGCUACACAGAGAUCUCAGAUGAUGAUGAUGGCAUGGACGUACAGACCAUACGAGAAGAAAGUAUAGGAGAGAUUGUCAGUGACGAAGAUUUUGAGCCGGAGGUGGAAGAAGCCCCCAAAGGAGGGAGAGGAGGGAGAAAACCAGCUGCAAAUGGCAAGGCGGCAGCUUCAACUAAGAAGAGAGGAGCAGCGAACAAGCAGACGUCCGUUUUGGGCCAGAAGAAAAUAACAGACCUGCUGAAGCCCGCUGAAAAUGCCGGGGUGUCGCCGGAGAAGAAAGUGAGGAAGAUGAGGGCCUCCCCGUUCAACAAGAAGAGCGGUUCCGUGCUGGGAAGAGUCGGUGGAAUGGUUGGAGACAUUUCUCCCAUGGGAAGCGAAGAACAACAGACAGGAACCUCUUCUGCUUCCACUGAUUCUGCAGAACUGAGUGAAGUGGUGCCCGCAAGGCCAAGGCCACAGAGGGUGAACAGGGGGAAGGCAAAGUAUGUGAUUAGCAGCGAAUCAGAGUCCGAUGAUGAUGAUGAUGCUGCUGCAGAUGAUUCUGAUUUCAACGAGGAUGAAGAUUAAUUAAGGUUGGGAUUCUCCUCUAACUGGAAGGAAAGUCAAGGGAAAUUGACAUUUCUUCUUAAUUCUUAACAACUGUUAUAUUAGGUUUUAACUGAAAUUUGGUGAAAGGAUGUUUGUACCUUUGGAACCAAAAAUUGCUUUUCUUUGAGCAAUAUGCAUAUUUGCCUCUAUAUGCAAUUAAUUCCAUUAUGGGUGUCGUCGCUUAAUCAUUUGAUCAAGAAUAACUGAAUAGUUGUGAAAUUAUUGGUGAGUAAUUUCAUCUUAUUAAGAGAAAGGUGCUUUUGUUUUU